CCCCUGGGCGGGCACACAGGAAGGCUGCGGGGAAAGGGCGGCUGCGACCUUGCGUGUGGCGGCGCCGCUAUGGCUGCCUCUGCGUUUCGGAGGAGCAUCGCUUCCCAGCUAUCAAAGCUUUUGGAUCUGCCACCAGAAAAUUUAAUCAAGUCCAUAUCUGCAGUUCCUGUCUCCAAGAAAAGGUGUGCUGCUGAUUUCCAGCUUUCCAUUGCUUCUGUAACAGAAGACAAUUCUAGUGGUUGCUUAUCACCAGAGCUUAGUCUUCAAGCUCAGAAGCUAGCUGAAAGGCUAAAAUGUGAUGCUGUUGUGAGUGAAAUCAGUGCUGGGCCAGGAACAGUGAACUUUACAAUAAACAGGGAAUUACUAGCAAAGGCUGUGUUGCAGCAGGUGUUGAAAGAAGGCUCAGAGUAUGGAGUAAAAAGUGAACUUUUCUCUACAGUGCCUAGACAAAAGGCAGUGAUUGAGUACAGAUUCUUUGUGAAAAUUUGUUGCAGCUCCCCUAAUAUUGCCAAAAAGUUCCACAUGGGACAUUUGCGUUCCACUCUAGUAGGGAAUUUUAUAGCAAAUCUCAAAGUGGCACUGGGACAUGAAGUAAUAAGAGUCAAUUACCUUGGUGACUGGGGCAUGCAGUUUGGCUUGCUGGGUGUUGGGUUUCAACGCUUUGGCAACAAAGAAAAGCUAAAAUCCAGACCUUUGCAACACCUUUUUGAGGUUUAUGUGCAGAUUAACAAAGCAGCAGAAGAUGAAAACAUAAAAGAGCUGGCGAAGGAUUUCUUCAGAAAGCUGGAGGAACAAGAUGAGCAGACACUGUCACUCUGGAAACAGUUCAGAGACUUGAGUAUUGAGGAGUACAUCCGAGUUUAUAAGCGUCUGGGAGUGCACUUUGAUGAAUAUUCUGGAGAAUCAUUUUACCAAGAGAAAUCCCAGGAGGUUCUAAAGAUGUUGGAGGACAAAGGACUUCUUCAGAAAACAACGCAAGGGACAGGAGUUGUGGAUCUCUCAGAAAAGAAAGACCUCUCCUUGUUUUCCACUGUCAUGCGGAGCGAUGGGACGUCUCUCUACAUAACAAGAGACCUUGCUGCUGCUAUAGACAGAAUGAACAAGCACCAGUGGGACACUAUGAUUUACGUGACAGAUAAGAGCCAAAGCAAUCACUUUGAACAUUUGUUCCACAUCCUGAAGCUCAUGGGCUACAGCUGGGCAGAAAGGUGCCAGCAUGUGGCUUUUGGGCGAGUCCAAGGGAUGAAGACUCGGAGAGGAGAAGCAGUUUUCCUGGAGGAUGUUUUAAAUGAAGUUCGUGCCAGGGUGUUACAAAACAUGGCUUCUGCAAAAACAACCAAACAGGUGGAAGACCCUGUGGAGACAGCAGAGAAAGUUGGCCUUGCAGCACUGAUAAUUCAGGACUUCCGUGGUCUUCUGUCGUCUGAUUAUCAGUUUAGCUGGGACCGAGCCCUUCAGAGCCGUGGAGACACAGGAGUCUUCCUGCAGUACACCCAUGCCAGGCUCUGCAGUUUAGCACAGCUGCAUGGGAACCAGCAGCUGACUGACUUCAAUGUGGCAUGUUUGCAAGAGCCAGAGGCCAUCUCUGUUCUUCAGCAUCUUCUCAGGUAUGAUGAGGUCCUGUAUAGAGCUUCUCAAGAUCUUCAACCCAAGCACAUAGUCAGCUACCUCCUCACACUUAGCCAUCUCGCAGCUGUGGCACACAGAACCCUUCCUGUAAGAGGCAGCGCCCCCGAACUAGCCCAGGCACGGCUCUGCCUCUUCCAAGCUGCACGCUCUGUUCUAGCUGGUGGAAUGAAGCUUCUUGGCAUUACACCUGUAACCCAAAUGUAAGUGGGCUGUGUGAAGUCACAGCUCUUAGUAAAAGACCACAUAACUGCUC